AUGAAUCAGAUUGCUGUCAAUACUGUAGCUGGUGGAUGCUUCAUGGACAAUCUAUCACUAGCCGUUGUUACAAAGGAGAACCAUGAGAGGGAUCAUUCCUUUGCUCAAUUUCAAACUACGGUGGAUCUAUUAUCAAAGAAAUUAGCAGAGAAGGAUGCACAGGGGGUGAUUGAUCUUGAGCCGAUUGUUGAAAAAGAAGCACAACCUAAUGUGUCUGAUGUUAUUGUGGAAGAUGAAAUAGAGGAGGAAAUCCCUAUUAUAGCUGAAGAUGAGCAUAAUCUUGAGAAUUCUAAGCCACAAGGAGGAAAAAAUGAAAAGGGGAAGGCAAAACUUUCUAGAGCUUUUCUCUCUUUGACUCAAUUGUUUAAAUCUUUACCGCCUUUUCCUCAAAGGUUAUUCAGAAAAAUAGAGGAUGAAAAGUGCUUGCGAUUUUAUGAUCAACUCAAGCAAUUGACGAUGAACAUUUCUUUCAGGGAUGCUGUCCAAGAGAUGCUUGGGUUUGCUCAAUAUUUCAAGGAUCUCUUAACAAAGAAGAAGAAGCUAUUGAAACACGACACUGCGUUGUGUGAUAACGGGGCUAGUAUAAAUCUUAUGCCUCUUGAGAUUUUCAAGAGAUCAGGUCUAGGGAUGCCAAGGCCCACUACCAUGAGGUUGCAAAUGGCUGACAGAUCAAUCAAAAGGCCAUUUGGAGUGGUCGAUGAUGUCCUUGUUCGAGUUGGGGAAUUCCUUCCUUAG